CUUUUACAAGUUCCCGCAUGCAAACUCUCACACACAUUGUGAAUGGAAGCACCGGGGGAAGAUGAGAAGGCCUGUGGGAGCUGCCGCUGCUUAACGGGGAAUGAAGAAGCAGGAAUGCCCUGACAGUUUGCGGCGGAAAUCCUUCCACUCUUUGGCUACGCACAGCAAGAAGAAGUGAUUUGCAGUGAGGAUACUUUGGGGGGUGGGGGGAAAGGGAUCUGAUUUCUGGACUUGGCGUUAAGACGCAGAAGCAUCCAUAACUCUGAAAAAUGAGGUGGAUCUUCCGAGGGUGGAUAACGUGUGUGCUCGUCACCUUUUCCGCACAGGAUGCAAUCUCCAAAUCGGCCCAGUGCAAAGAAAAUCACUACUUGAACGGCUCCACGUGUUGCAAAAAGUGUCCGCCAGGUCAGCGUGUGUUUUCUCACUGCAAUGAAUCCCAAGACACCGUAUGCGUAGACUGCAAUCGAGAUACCUAUCAGCCUGGCUGGACGGGAGACACCAACUGUAUCAAAAAGAAGUUCUGUGAUGAGGGUAAGGGAUUUAUGAAAAGAAAUGCUCACAGUGAAGACUUGAAGAGAGAAGAACAGUGUCAAUGCAAGUCUGGUCUCCAGUGUUCGCCUAUCAACUGCGAAUACUGUGAGAAGAUACCCACCUGUGGGCCUGGUUCCGGACUGGAGGAAGAAGCUGGGUCAAAAAAUGGAAGGAAAACCUGCUUUGCGUGUAAGAAUGGCUUCUACUCUGCCAAGGAGGAUCAGGAACAAUGCAAAGAGUGGACCAACUGUAAGGCUGAGGGCAAGACUGAGGAGCAACCAGGCAGCGCUCAGGCCGAUGCAGAGUGCGGACCACUUGUCUUUGGUCCAGCACCUUCCUGGUUUAUAGUUUCAUUGCUGUCAGUGAUUACUGUUCUGUGUCUCCUCAUACUGCUGCUUUUCUGCUACAAGGACAAACUCAAGUUACUUUCUGUUAAUCUCCGAUCUUGUGUCCAGAAUCUGAAGAGGAGCAGGAUACAACAGGAGACUUUGGCCCCUCUUUACCGCAGUGGAGCUGAAGGAGGAGGAAUACCAGAAGUCGCUGGCUCCAAAUGUACGCCGUGUGAGAUGACCAAACUCAUCUGCCAAGCUUCUCACAGUCCUGAGUUUUACCCCCCGUCCACCUUCCCGGCGUCUGUUCCCUGCGUCAGGAUUGCUCUGCCCUUCACAGAGGGAAUGGCCGAAAAGGAAGGGGCCAGGGAUAAGAUGGUGACCGAGACCGAGAGCCAAGGAUCCGGAGAACCAGAGGAACUGUCAGAGGAGGAGGUUGUUAAUGCAUCUCCGCUUUUGGCAGGUUCCUGCGUGUGCGUCAGUCUUGUUCGCGAGCCACUCGAAGUGGGAGAGAACGAAGACUGUAGCCAGGCGGUUAUUCCGGGGACAUUGGGAACGUGCUCGUGCGGGGGCCUCGAAGGUAAAAGGGAUGGAGAGGAAAACAGAAAAGAGGAUAAAAGGGACAAUCGAAUACCAGAGGAAAAGGUCGAUCAGGAAAAGACGGGCUCGUCCAUGAGUGAGAUGUGUGUUAGAUCACUUGUCUCAGUUUGUCCUCCCGUCAUCCACUCCUCCUCCUCUCCGGCUCCUCCAUCCAGUCCCCUUCCUGAACUCUGCCUGCCGUUGUCCCAGGCUCUGGCGACGCCGCAGCUCGGGUCCACCCUGUCUGACAAGUCCCUGAUAAAACAGGACGAAUUAUAUAGACUGGCAAGCACAGAAUCUGAGUCAACUAGAAACAAUGCAGCCUCCGCCAUGACCCUGGUCAGCGCAGUGAUGAUGUCCACAUCUGCUGGAGAACUGUACCUGGACAAGCCCCAAGAGGCCCCCAGACCGGAGCCGGGGCAGGGAGGCUCCUGCGGGCCCAGCAGAGAGAACAAGGCCUCUUUGGAGGAGUCGGAACUGGAGUGUUCGCCUGAGAGUCUCCACAGUGAGCUGGCUGAACCAACUCCUACCUCAGGUCUUGUUUCUGGCAGCCACAACACCACCUUCAUCUCCAGCGGUCAGGUGAUGAACGUCACCGGUGACGUCAUCGUCGUCUACGUCAGCCAGACGUCUCAGAGCAGCGACGAGGGCGGGUCGGACGGCGCCUUCGGGAGCCCCGUACAGGAAGAAGCCAACGAGACGGCCCCGUUUUUCCAGAGCUGCCUUAGGUCCCCGGGGGACUCCAUUUCCCAUAGCACCUUGCGAGAACAGACUCUGCCAGUGCAAGAGAUGAUACUGGGAAAGUGAAGCGGGUUCGAAGGGCGAUCAUCUCUACAAGCUUCAAGUCUAUCGCAAUUAUGUAAAGGGUUUAUUGUUAAAAUAACACCAAAGAAAUACAAAGUUUGGUUUUCUUAAGUUUUACAUGCAUUUCAUCUCUCAUAUUGUUUCCAGACAUUCAUAGUUGGAAACUAUUUUCUUUCCAGACAGUGAUGUGUAAUUUUCUAGGGAACUGAGUUCAUACUGGGGAAAAAAAAAAGAAACAAAAAAGAAAAAAAAAAGUUUUUUUUUUUUUUGUUACAUGGAAAUUUCAGCUUUAUCUCAACACUAAUAGUUAAUACAUAUCUAAUUUCUCACUUUUCAUCCUCCCCAUUUAUGUCUCCAAACUCUUCUAAGUUUGACAUCUGGAUGAUUUAAGAGCUUCCUCAUGUAACAAAACAUCCACCAUGUGGAAAUUAUUUUCAAUGUUUUUUGUUUUUUUUAUGAUUGAAACUGUACUCUGUUAGCCACACUCGGACCUGGCAGAACACAGAGUCUGUACAAAGAUGAUGAUGAUGAUGAUGAUGAUGAUGAUGAUGAUGAUGAUGAUGGUGAUGAUGAAUUUUAAGCAUUUCACUGAGUGAAGCUCGCAGAAGCCUAUUUUUUGCAUUAUGAAAGCGCAUCAAGUUCUGAUAUGACAAAUGUUUAAUCUGUACAGAGACUUUGUUUGUUGUCUUCUUAUUGCACCCGACGUGCAAUUCGUGUCUACAAAAAAAAUGCUAUGCAUUUGAUAAGCUAUUUUAUUGCUGGAUUGUUUUAUUUUGCAAAUUUUAAUGAAGAAAAUCAAAAUGUUUCAAGAAUGUUCUUCUAAAGGUAAAUUCUUAAUGCUCUUUGUCCGAAAUUUCAGAAGUGAUAGAUGAUUGUAUAUAUUCUAAAGAAGCGUUAUCUAUUUGUGAAAGAAGUGAGUUUUCCUCUGUUUGAUUUUCAGUGAGGAGGAUGUGUUUGAUCAUGUGGUGCAACUGAGAGCAACUGAGGCAAAAUGCAAACCAUCAUAAACUUAAAGUUUAGUGACGCCCUGAAAAAAGUUUAUUCUUGAUGCUUUUACUUUCUAAAUAUCAUUUUGGCUCCUAUUAUAAUGCAGUUCUCGUCAAACAUGUUUUUUUUUAACUUAAAGAAUAUGUGAAAAAAUCUAUGAAAUUUGUCAAUAUUUAAUAUGGCGCUUCACUGUUAAGCCUUACGCUUUCAUCAUUUAACACUUGGGAAUUAUAAUAUUUCAGUUAUUUUUACUUUCUUUUUAUUUUUUAUUUUUCAUUUUUGUGUGCCAUAUGGGUGCUUAAUUAAUAUGGUAAUCAUAAUGUUUGUGUUUACAAAAGCUCUUUUGUAUUAUUUACCUGGGUCCGUAACUGUUUCAGGCCCCUUCAGGACCAAAUGUGGCAAAGUCAGUGCUGAAAUAUUUUUAUUUUAUUGCCACAGUCGUUUCUGUUUUUUCCUUUCUUUUUUUUCCCUUUUUUUCAUUUAGUUAAGCCCAGCAUUAUUUAUACUCCUGGCAGACUAAUCCUUAAAGUAAUGUUUUAAUUUUACCUCCAUGUUUCUUCUGACAUGAGGUUAUUUUUACAUUUUGGGUUUCCCAGCCAGAGUUAACUUCAAUCUGAUACAAAAUCUGUGGAUGGAGUUGAAAAUUAGAAUGAUUGAAACGAGGCCUUUCUCAAAGACUUGAGCUCAUAAUUGGUGGAAAUUCAACAAAAUCUCAGUAGAAACGUACAAAAUGGAUUACACUUCUGUAAUAUUAAUUGUUAAACAAGGAGAGAAAUAAUUUUUCACCUGCAAAAAUAAAAUGUAAAUAUAUGCUGAUAGAUCUCCCCCCCCCCUAAACUUCUGAAUGAUGCCUGUUUAAUUUUCAAUCAGAAACAAAGUUCUUGGUUGAAUGGAAAUAAUAAAAAAUCUAAAUCUGUUAGAGUAUGAAAACAUUUGUGCUUACAGCUUUCAGUGGAAAUUAAGCCCUUAAUUCAGCUGUGAAUGCAGCUUCUGAUUGUUUCGCCAUGUCAUAUACUAUCACAUAACAUUCAUACAAAAGGUGAAAUUGAGAAAAUGUACUCACAUUUUCACUUUUUUGCGUAAAAAAAAAAAAAAGUCCAGAUAAAACAGUGACCUUGAAGACUGCUUCACUUUCAAAACUGUCAAAACAAAUUGCAUCUAAACUGGGAUCUUGUCACCUGCCAACAGAAACGCCAGCUACUAUUUUUCCCGUGCACUCUUAAACAACCGAGUGGGAUGUGCAAAGCGUGUCGACAUUUGGCCCUGAAAGAGCCUGUGUCUUCUGGGAAGGACUGAAGGAAAACCUCUGAAGAAAACAAAACUAAGCUUUGCUGUUGUCUUGCUGGGUUCACUGCACUGAUCAAUCACAACCUCUCCAUGUGUACGCAGCUUUUAACAAAUCAUGUACAUAUCAAUCAACUCUGAUGCAAUGGAUAAAUGAAAGACUAUUUUGAUUAAAAUUAAAUAUGUUUCAAAAUUAAA